AUGUUAGGGGGCAAUAAUCGAUUUAUGCCAAGAAAUAAUCAGUUUAUAUUCGAUCGUCGAAACAAUUUUUAUCAAAAUAAACGAUUGAAUCAUUUUAAUCAAUUUAAUUAUCAAAAUUAUUACAGUCAAAAUAGAAGAUUUUAUCGUCCACGAUUUUAUUACAAUCGUAGUUACCAACCAAUGCAAUAUAUUCCACAACAAGUUCCUAUUAGGAGAAGAAGUCAAAAUCGACCAAUUAAUCGUUCAAAUCUAAAGCAAAUAAGAAGUCAAAGUCGACAAACAAGACAAAGUCAACGUCGUCUAAGACAUCUUCCUCCUGAUUUUAAUUUGGAAUCAAAUAUAAAUAAUGCACCACCAGACGCAUUACCACAACGAGCUGUAUUCGUUAAUAAUACAACUCAACCAUUUGUUGUAAAUAAUCCAACAACUACUAAUCAACAACAACAAAGUGCAACAACUAAUUCGAAUCAACAGGAACGAACUACAAGUUCAGCACUUCGACGUCAACAACAAAGAAAUCGUCAACAGCAACAACAGCAAAAUUGUCAAACUAGAAAUAAUAAUCGAUUUGCUUUAUUAGCUGAUAAUGAUGAAGAUACAACUGAUAUUGAAUCAAAUAUAGAUAAUCAUGAGCCUACAGUUGUUACAACAGAUAACAGCAAUAAUAAGAAAAAUAUGAAAAAUUUGAAAGAUAAAAAGAAAAACAAAAUAUAUGCAUAUCUUCAAAAUAAUAAAGUUUUGGCUUGGUUCAAAAAUGAUGAAGUAUUAGGUGAAAUUAUUAAAGCACGUGGUAAUCAAGCUUAUGUGUUAGCUACAACAUCAUUUUAUGAUGAAUGGGUCAGACAAAAUUAUCAAUUACAAGGCUGGCAACAAUAUUUAAAAUUAGGUACCGAAAGGAAACAUUGGGCUAAAGAUGUUAUUCGUCGAACAAAGAAAAGAGAUGAUAUUGAAAGUACUCGUUUUGCUCAAAAGAAAAUUAAUCAAAUAACAUCAACCAUUGUUCAAAUAUGUGCCUCUAUUUCUGAUUUACAAAUUCAAUUGGCAACAUAUUGGUCACAAGUACCUAAAAGAACAGCUAAACGUAAUGAUAUAAAUAAUCAGGCUACUACGCAAACUCCAAUUCUUGAUACAAAUACAAAUGCUCAACCCGUUACCACUGAUGAAACUGCUCCUACCCCUACUCCUACACUAACUCCUGAACGUGUUCGUAGUGAAACACAUAGACUUGAAGAAGGUAUUUUAAAAUAUAUUCAGAAUUGUACUCAACAUGUUAAGAAAUCAGCUGAAAAUCGUAUAAAAUUAGCCAAAGUUCAAAUGGAUGAAUUUAAAGCAUUAGAAGAUUUUGAGCAAAUAGCUACUCCAGCUCAAUGGAAUCUUCAUCUUAUUUUAAAACCAAAAAUGAAGAGUUUAUCAACCAAAAACCAAAAUGUUCUUCUAGCUACCAAACGUGUCGAAUAUGAUUUACUUCCAAAAUUUAUUGAAAAAGUUGAUUUAUCAUUCAAAGUAGAUGAAUCAAUUGUUAAUUCAGAAGAAGUCCAAGGUAUACAUAAUCAAAUGCGUGAAAUUACCAAAGAUUUUCGUAUAAAAGCAAUGACAUUAUAUACACAAUCAUUAGUUCGUGAACAAGAACUAUUAACUAAAGAAAUCGAUCGUAUAAUUGAAGGCUUUCCACAAGAAAAUGAUGAUGGAUUUGAUGCUGAAAUAGGAAUCAUAAAUCAAGCAAAUAUUCAAUUAUCUGAAGAAGAACAUGAAUUACUCCGAUUAGGUCCAAGAUUUAUAUUUGAUGAUCCUAAGACAGCAUCAAGAAGACGUACAACUGAAUUAGCGACCUUAAAACGUAAAAUAGAAACACGUUUUCUAGAAAAAGGUAUUAAUCUUGGUCGUCCAGUUGAACAAUUUAUUGAUGAAUUAGAUGUUCUUCUUCAGAAAUUACAUAAUAUACCAAUAUCUAAACAGAAUAAAAAUAUUAAUCCAAAUAAUCCAAAUCACAAUUUAAAUUAUACAAAUAUUAAUACGGUAAUUCAAAGUCAAUUAAGUCAAUCCCAGAAUACAAUAAGAAAUUUAUCAAAAAAUUCAUUUAAAAAGAAAAAUUAUCAUCGUUUAAUUAAAAGAUUAAAAUAUAGAAUGAAAAUUGCUAAUACUGUUUUAAGAAAAUCUGAUAAAUCAAAAGUAUUCCAUUUAGGUGAAUCUGAAGAAUAUAAGAAAAAAUCUGACGAAUAUAUGGAGAAGACGCAAGCAUAUAAAUGUCUUGGAAAAGAAGAUUCAUUACCAGAUUUAAUCCAAAGAACAAAUAAAUAUUUGUUAGAUCUUCGAUUAGCCAAAUGGAUUACUCAAAAACAAUAUGAGCAAUUAUGUAUCAAUACAAAUGAAGUUGAAUUAGCUCAUUUAUAUUAUUUACCAAAGGCCCAUAAACCGGGUACACCUCUUCGUCCAAUAGUUUCAGGUCUUAAACAUCCAACAGUUAAAAUAUCAAAAUUCCUUGAUGAUUUACUUCGACCACUUUUUGAUAAAAUAGCUGCAGAAACUACUGUUAAUUCUGGAUUUGAAUUAAUUAAACAGCUGCAAGAAUGGUCUAGAAAUAAUUUAAAACAAGAAACAUUAUUUUGUACAAUAGAUGUUGCCGAUCUGUAUACUAUGGUACCUCAAACUGAAGGUGUACUUUCUUUAAAGAAAAUGUUAGAUUAUCUAAACAUAAAACAAGUUGGUGGCCUUAAAAUUGAAACAAUUAUUCGAUUAAGUCGAUUUGUGAUGAAAAAUAAUUAUUUUUCCUAUAAUAGCCAAUAUUAUCAUCAAAUUAGAGGAGGCGCUAUGGGUUCUCCUCUUACUUUAACCAUUUCAAAUUGCUAUAUGUUCUUUUUUGAAAGAAAAAUAGCUAAUCAAAUUUAUAAUAGUAAUGGAUUAUAUUUUCGAUAUAUUGAUGACUUAUUUAUAACAAUAAAUUGGUCAAUUCGACAUUUAGUGAAACAAAUCGAACAAUGGAAUAAAUUCGAUGAAAAUAUUAAAUUAUCUGAAAAUAUUGGUUUAACAGUAGAUUUUUUAGAUUUACAUAUAGAAAAUCAAGGUGGUGUAUUAUUUACUUCAAUAUUUCAGAAACCAUCGUAUGAACCAUAUUAUUUACCAUUCAAUAGUAUUCAUCCUUUUCAUAUGAAGAAGAACAUAAUUCAUACUAUGUUAUUAAGAGCUAUAAGAUACUGCUCAUCUUUUCAAGCAUAUGUAGAUGAACGAGAAAGAUUAAAAAUGGCAUUAUUAUUAAAUAAAUAUCCGAAUAAAUUUAUAGAAGAACAAUUUCAAAAUAAUUUAUUAAAAUGGAAUAUAGACCAACCAUUAUCUUUUAAUAACUACAACGAGAACCGUCAAAAAGUUAUAACAACUCCUAUUAAAGAGAAAGCUUUAAUUGAUUAUGAAAGAACUAUUUUUAUACAUUUUACUUAUUGUUCAAGUAUGAAGUUAUUUCCUCGACAGUUUCAUAUACUUUGGAACAAAUAUUUUCAUGAAUCUCCGAUCAAUGAAAUACAACCGAUUUUAGGUACUCGAAAUGUUAAUAACUUACAAAGAAGAUUGAUACAUACAAAAUCUUAA